UUAUUAUUAGUUCAACGGGGGACUUUUAAAUGAGGGAAAUCAACUAAAUAUACCCGUUUUUACGAAGGUCGGCGAGAGAAGUAUCAAAGUGACCCUCUCAAAAAUACUUUCAUUCUUGUUUCCUAUCAAACAUUACCAGCAGGAGGCUAAAAUAGUUCCCAAAAGAGCAUUCACACUGGAUGCAUUACUUUCGUAUGCAGACGAGCACUUGAUUGGGGGAAAAUAUUUACCUGCGAAAAACCCGUCAAUCAAUUCCUCGUUCAUAUUUCUGAGACAUUAACUUUAAUCGUAACCGUUUUAUAUCAGUAUUGUUUACCAACAAAAAGAGUUGGAGAAAUCGCGCUUUUUCGCUUUUCUGUCUUGUGCUUCAACAAAUAUAUUUAUUAACAUCUAAUUUUAAUGACUAGUAAAAUUUUUUCGUUAAAUGAAGAAUGUAAAACUGUCACUUUACUUCAGAAGUGUAUGUGUUGUAUGCUUUUUUCCUUCUUAUUUUGUGGUUAUUCAAUCAUUCAGAAGCGUUACAAAUAAUAUAUUUGAGCCUAUUCAAUUUGGGAUGUGACAAAUUCUUGGACAGGCUUAGAGCUUUGAAACAUAAAUUUUCUUUAAAAUUGCUUUUUGCUUAAUCUUCUCCAAUGCAAAACUCCAUUUCACUGGCCAUCUCCAUUACGAAACUCUGAUUUAACUGCGAAAAUUAGCUUCUUCCUGACUUAAUAGUGCAAUGAAAAUAUCACAGCUUAUUAAUUUGGACAUUCAUUAAUGUAUUUGAUGUGUAUUUUAAGUAUGCACACUUGCAAUUUUCGUCAGAAUUUAUUACAAGCUUCUUAAAUUGUCAAAGGACUAAAUGUGUCGGACUUUGUAGUGUGGAUCUUGUGUACAAUUCUUCAUAUAUUCAAAAGGUAUAGAUUUAAUGUUUUUUCUACUAUAUUUUAAAGACAAAACAUUUAAUCUUUCCUCAGUUUUAAGCUUCAUCUUGAUAUUGGUUAUCCAACAGAUCUUUAUUGCUAGCAUUUGCUGAUACUGAACUUUAAGUGUAGCUCAUUGAUUACGCUUAAAGAGAGUUUUUUCAGAAUGGAAAAAAAACCUGUGCCAAAAACUUACGCAGCCUUUCUGUGUACUGCUGACGUUGGAGGAAAGCCUUGUAAUAAGAGUUUUAAGUUCAGGAGUGAGUUUAUUACUCACUCCCGUGUUCACACUGGAGAAAAACCUUAUUCUUGCAGUGUGUGUUACCAAAGAUUUACUGUGAGAAAGAGUUUAACUCAACACAAUCGAACUGUUCAUGGUAAUGAUAAACCUUACUCUUGCCCCCUAUGUAACAGAAGCUUUUCGCAAAAAUGUAAUUUAAUAACUCACGGUAAUGUUCAUACGAAGGAAAAACCAUUUUCUUGUACAAUGUGCGAUAAGAGUUUUGCACAAAGGGGUAGCUUACAAACUCAUAUCCAGAUUCAUACUAAGAUCAAACCCUAUACGUGUGCUGUAUGUAAUAAGAGUUUUUCUCGCAAAACUACCUUAUAUAUCCAUAUGCGUAUUCAUACUAAGGAAAAACCCUACUCUUGCAAUAUAUGUAAUAAGAGUUUUACGGCACGAGCUGGUUUGGUUCGUCACAGUCGCACUCAUACCGGUGAAAGACCUUAUUCUUGUAAAUUGUGCAAUAAACGUUUUUCCGUAAAACAUACUUUAGUUAAACAUGUUCGCAGUGUUCAUACAGAUGAAGGCUUGUCGUCAAUCAUCCUAAUCCUUGUAGGCUCCAAAUUUCAGCCCAAUCAUAAAGCUCAGCCACAUCACUACUCACCUGUCAACCACCAUUUUGAUCUCACUUUAGUACAGCACGUUCAAGCAAUAUUGUUUACUGAAUCAGUUCUUACCUAUAAUACUUUAGGUAUUUUCAUUUUCGGCAUGAGUAAAAGAAAUUCUUUGCGGAAAACUCGUGCAACUUUCUGUUGUCCAGUUAAAAUCGAUGGGAAGGUUUGCAAUAAAAGUUUUCCGCAUAAAUAUCGGUUAGUUAUUCACAAUCGCGUUCAUACGGGUGAAAAACCUUAUUCUUGCAGUGAGUGCAAUCAGAGCUUUUCAACGGGAAGUGGUUUAACUAUACACGCACUUGUUCAUACAAAAGAAAAAAAUUUUAACUGUUCCAUAUGCAACAAGCAUUUUGGAACUAAAGGUAAUUUGGAUAGUCAUAUUCGCCUUCAUAGUGGCGAAAAGCGUUUCUCUUGCACUCAAUGCAAUAAGAGCUAUUCGCGAAAAUAUUCCCUAAUUUGUCACAUUAGGUCUCAUACCGGGGAAAAACCAUAUUUUUGCACCAUAUGUAAUAAGAGAUUUCCAAACUUACAUAAUUUAUCUCGUCACAAUCGUGUUCACACAAAGGAAAAACCUUAUGUGUGCAGUAUUUGCUGUAAGAGUUAUACUCAAGUAGGCGGUUUAAACGAACAUAAUCGCGUUCAUACGGGCGAAAAACCUUAUUCUUGCAAACUGUGUGGUAGGAGCUUUUCUCUGAAAGGUAGCCUAGUCAAACACAAUCGUAAUGUCCAUACUCUGGAAAGACCUUUUUCUUGCAGCACGUGUCAUAAGAGUUUUGCACAUCGAAGUAAUUUAAAUGUUCACAUUCGUGUUCAUACAGAAGAAAAACUUUAUUCCUGCACUCUUUGUGGCAAAAGCUUUAAAUCAAAAGACGGUUUAUUGUAUCACAAUCGCAGCCACACUGGUGAAAAGCCUUUCUCUUGUAGCUCAUGUAACGAGCGCUUUUCAAAUCGAGCUAAUUUGCGACAUCAUUUACUUGUUUUUCAUUCUGACGGAAUUCCUUUUUCCUGCAGUCAGUGUGAUAAAAGUUUUAGGACAAAAUGUGGUUUAACCCAGCACUCGCGUCUUCACACUGGAAAAAACCUUCAUCCGUGCGACAUAUGCAAUAAGAUAUUCUUGUGGAAAAGAAAACUAAACAUCCAUUAUCGCGUCCAUACUAAGGAGAAACCUUUUUCGUGCAAUGAAUGCAAUAUGAGUUUUGCGCAGAAAGGAGGUUUAGUGAUUCACAGCCGUGUCCAUACUAAAGAAAAACCAUAUUCUUGUAACUUAUGCAAUAUUAGUUUUGCACAAAAAGGAGCUCUUAACAAUCACACUCGAAUUCAUACUAAGGAAAAACCUUUUUCCUGCACUACAUGUGGUAAGAGCUUUACGAGAAAGUAUGCUUUAACUCAACAUUAUUUUCUUCAUGAUAAUUGUAUCAACAUGAGUGAAGAAAUUUCUUUGGAAGAAACUCGCCCAACCUCUUCUCAACAAAAAAUAGAAGAAAAGCCUUCCAAUAUGAGUUUUAAAAAUGAAACUCAAUUAGUUAAUCACAAUGGUGUUAACGCCGAAGGAAAAUCUUUUUCAUGCAAUGAGUGCAAUCAAAGCUUUUCGGCGAAAAGCAGUUUAACCAAACAUACUCUUCUUCAUACUAAAGACAAAACGUUUACGUGCACCGUAUGUAAUAAGUUUUUCUCGUGCAAAAACAAUUUAGUUGUUCAUAGCCGUAUUCAUACUGGGAAAAGGCCUUACACGUGCACCAUAUGUAAUAAAAGCUUUUUGCAAAAGUUUACUCUUACUAAACACAAUCGUACUCAUACACAAGAAAAACCUUAUUCUUGCACCAUAUGUAAUAUGAGUUUUGUUUCGAGUGGUUCGUUAGCUAGCCACAGAAGCGUUCAUACUAACGAUAAGCCUUACUCUUGCAGUAUAUGCGGUAAGAGCUAUAAGAGAAAAAAUGCUUUACAUAGCCACAAUCGGGUUCAUACGGGUGAAAAACCUUAUUUGUGCGAUUUAUGUGGUCGCGGUUUUUCUCUGAACGGUAGCCUACUUAAACACUAUCGUAAUGUCCAUACUCUUGAAAGACCUUUUUCUUGCAGUGUAUGCAAUAAGAGUUUUGCACAUAGAAGUAAUUUAAAUACCCACAUUCGUGUACAUACUAAGGAAAAACCCUUUUCUUGCACCCUCUGCGGCAAAAGUUUCGCCUCAAAGGGUAAUUUAUCUGAACAUAGUCGAGUUCAUACAGAAGAAAAACCUUUCUCGUGUGGUAUAUGCAAUGAGAGUUUUUCAAAUAAAAGUACUUUGAAUACCCAUUGCUAUGUUGUUCAUACUAAAGAAGUGCCAUAUGCAUGUACUCAAUGUGAUAAAACUUUUCUGACGAAGAAAAGUUAUAACUUGCACUCACGUGUGCACACUGGUGAUAAUCUUCACCCAUGUAACAUAUGCAAUAAAACAUUUCUGUUAAGAGCUAAAUUAAACGUUCACAUGCGUGUGCACACUAAGGAAAAACCUUAUUCCUGUAGUAUCUGCAAGAAAAGCUUUGUACAGAAAGGUAGUAUAAGCAUCCAUAUGCGCGCUGUUCAUACUAACGAAAAACCCUUUUCUUGUAACAUUUGUGAGAAGGCAUUUCCAAGAAAAUUUUCUUUGAUUCAACACAGUCGUGUCCACUCUGGAGAAAAGCCAUAUUCAUGUAGUGAAUGUAAUCGAAGUUUUUCAAUCAAACAUAAUUUAAAGAAGCACAUUCUUCUCCAUAAAGUAAAAACUUAGUAAAGCAAUAUCUGUGACAACAGUUCAAGCAGAGAAUAUAUAGUGUGGCUUUCAGGAGAACUCCAGACAUCCGUUUCUCGUCUUGGCGGUUACUAUGGUGACGAGAAAAAGUCACUUCGAAUAGGGGUGUAAGGUGAAUAGUCGUGUCUUAAAGUCGGCGUGAGUAAACCAAUCGACGCCUUCUUUGCUUCAUUUCACCCCCAUUAGAGAUGUGCUAUCGCUUGUUUCUAUAGCAGCAGGCAACCCCAAACUUUUAAUCUGGAGGAGUUCUCCUCAGACGUAGGGGAACUAUACGUAGGGGAAGAAGUCUAGCUUCCAUUGACAUAAUGUAAACCAGUCAUUUAAAAUUAGGUGCGGCACAAAGUUCUUUUCUUCUCCUCUUCUUAACCAAUACUGGGGUUAGGGUGAAGAAGAAAAGUUUCCUCUUUUUUAUCGUUCGUUUGUUCUGUAGUUUUACACUAUUGAUAAACAUUACUGUACUAUUAAUUAAGAUAUUUCCUUAAGAAUAAAUUUAAAUCCGCUUACACAUUUUGACAUAAAAUAAAGCAGGCAGCGUACUCAACCAUGCAUGGUCUGCAACCGAUUUACAGGUAACGUAACUUCCUGACUGUCUCUUUGCUUCUUAUGAGCAUGCACCGGAUCUUGGUUCAAAUGACGCUCUGUGUGUGUUGCUCACCCUGUAACUUGUUUUAUGGUAUACCCCACAUUACUUUUUAUAUUCUUUGAUUCAAGUCUGUUACUGCAAUAUUACAGUCGCGUUUACAUCGGUGGAAAACCUUACUCCUGUAAUAAAUUGUUGUUCAAAGAUACAUAUUGAGUUUUUUCUUUUCUUUAAAAUUUAUGCUUUAAACAGUUCUAUUAAAAUGGUUUGAAGAAAUUGCUCUUUUAAAUCUAUCAGUUAAACUUUAGUUUGUAACAAGCAUGAAAAUAAGUUUUUUUGUUACAAAAGGUUAAAAAAAUUGUUGCAAUUAAUUUUCUUGUUACUAGCAAAUAGUAAAACUUCAGUAACUAUUAUCUAGUAAUACUUCAGAAGAAAGGGUUUCUUUUUUUUGCUAAGAGAAAUUUUAGUUUUAUUUCUUAAAUUUUAGGCUUUACGUUUUUUUUCCUCCACAUUUUUGUACAUCUGUCUAAGGAUUUGUUUGUAAUUUCUCAGUUUUUUGUUGAUUCCAAAAAAGCGGAUUUUAAGUGUGUGUGAAAUCUUGUAGAUUCUAUUUGAUGUGUUAAAACUCAUAAUGUUAUCCUUUUUAAAGGUAAAAAAAAAAAUCUACCAUUUUUUAUCGACAUAGAUUGUGAUUCUAAGUUAAAAUUAGUUUGAUGCAGAAACAAAUAAGUUUUAUUUUACUUAACAUAGUUGAAGCGAAAUUCUGUUCGUAUUAUUCAACUGAGAAUCAUAUAAUAUCUACUUAUCAUAGAUUAAAUCCUACUUAUCAUAGAUUAAUCCGUAAAAUUAUUACAUUACUACUGAUCAAAAUAAUAGGCCAAUCACUUAAUUAGAAUUGAAGAAGUAUCAACAAUUUCAAAUUCAAAAGCUUGCUGAAUUUUAAAAAAAAAAAAUAAUAACAACAAUAUCACGUAUGGGUUUUUCUGUACCAUCGCAUCCAUAUUAGCGACAUAACAUACUAGCCGAAAAAAAAAAAAAAAAAAAUCGCGGUUAGCUAACUCUAAUAAGUAAUAAUACAACUGUACAUAAUAAUAUUAAGUGAAUGGCUGAAAAAAAUGAAGUAAAAUAAUACAAAUGAAAAAUUAUAAUUUAAGUAAAAUAAUAAAUUAUGAAAAGUAAAAAAGCGAUUGUGUUAACUGGAUAAAUGUUGCAUUCAUUUGAAGUAAUCUCAGUUACGUUUUGUCUGAAAAUAUACAGAUGUAGAUUGUAAAAUAGAAUAAAAACAAUCUUUUUCUUGAUCCUGUCGCCAAAGCACAUUUAUGACUAAAAGAAAAAAGCGGGAAAGUGUUUGGAAAGGAAAAGCUUAUGGUUUCUACUUUGGCGUUUUUCGGGUUACCAGUUUAUCGCCGCGUUAUCACCAAAAUUGGCGUGGUAUGCGAUAGUAUGUAAAUAACCACAUAUAUUUUCUUAUAUGUUAACAUAUUUCUUAGAUCUACGAUUGAGCACUUGUAUUCUUUUCUUAUGCAAGAUCUAAGGAUAUUGAUUAACUGAAUGUAGAGUAUGUAUUGCCUAUAUUGCAUAAUAACAUAUUUCUUCAGUCUACAAUUAAGCUCUUAAUCUUAUGAUAUUCGUAAAAACUCGGGUUCUUAAGUAAUUGCAAGUAAGUUUUGUAAAUUUAUAUGCUGUAAUACAUUUACACAUUUCUUAGCUGUACAAUUAUGUACUUGUAUGCUAAUGGUAUGUACGAAUUGUGGUUUUUGAAUGACUAUUAGGAUUCUGUUAUAAGUUAAAUUUCGUAGAUCUACUAUUAGAUAAUUGAAUGCUACAAAAUAAGAGAUUUACAGUUGUGUUUAUACAAAAGAAAAACCCACUUUCUUGUAAUUUAUGAAAUAAAAGGUUUUCUCAAAAAAUUUAUUUAGUUCUCCAUAUAUUUUUACAAAUGACAUAUUUUUGCUGUGUACAUGUGGUUUUAAGCUUUAUUUUAAUUAUUGUGUUGUUGAGUUGAGUAAAAAUACCUUUCUUUCUUGCAGCAAAAUCAUAAUAGGAAUGGUUUUUAAAAGAGAUUUUAACAAUUUAUGAUGUGCAUUCAUUUUACUUCCAUCAGUUCAUUAGAAAUUUUAUUGUCAUCUAUGCAUAUAAAUAUUGUAAA